GUGGAAAUGGUACAUAAACCCCAAUACAUGUCCUGCUAGACUACUGAACCCUGUUCGACAUUUCCGUCUUUAUCGAUCAAUCCGUCAUUUUCAAACAUACCUGUAAACGAAUCCCAAGAACUGCAUAUCAAAUGUUCUGCGGUAGGAACUCCUAUGCCAAACGUCACGUGGCAAAAAGUACAGGGUGAUGUUAUUAAUCAAAGCGUAGGAAAUGUGACAAUCGAUAUUACAAAUAUUACUAGAUAUGAAAGUGGGGAAUACGAAUGCUGUGCUAUUAACAACCUAAACAAACCUCCAUUUUGUAAGAGUAUCUUGGUAACCGUCCAGUAUGAGCCGCAAAUAGAUGUAUUUCAGUCAAAUGACACAGUUUCUUCAUAUAAUGGUGGUAAAAUCAGGAUAUACUGUUUGGCCCAUGGCGUGCCCUCUCCUCUGUUCACGUGGUAUGAUCCCCAUAAUCGAUCAAUUGCCACAGGAUCUCAUACUGUUACUGGUGUUAGUGUCUUGGAACUAGUAACCAUUAAUGCAGGCAGCUAUGGGUUGUACAAAUGUAAAGCAGAAAAUUUGCUUGGUUAUGAUGAACACAUUAUCAAUGUCACCCAGACAGACCAUCCACCCUCUCUGAAGCCAAGUAGAAAUCACCAUGGAAUAACGACAUCAUCCUCACAAACCACUACAGGUCAUGAAUCAAGAACCCAGCCUGGAGAGAGAUCUUGCUCGACACUAUUUAUUCAAGGUCGUACAUUUGCAACAGUUCAUUUCAUAAUAACAUCAAUAUCAAUAGGUGUGAAUAUUAUCAUGGCGCUAUUAGUGUGCUACAUUUUCAAAAGGACUGGCUUCAAAGGUAAA